GGCUAAGCAAAAAAAUUGUUUCGUGAAUCAGCAAUACAACUAUACAAGUUUGAUACUCCUCAGAAUCUACAAUGCACAAUUUGGAUGUUCUGGACGGAAACGGUCUAGAUAGGAUGGCUGAGCAACACCAAGCGACACAAAUGCAGGUUCCAGCCGAUACGCCGGAAGAUGUCCCGAUGGAAAUGCCAUGUGAGACGGCAGAACCGGCAAUAGACGAAAUAGAAGCACCAACCGAGACCGAAACAUCAACAGAGACCCUGGCCGGAGCAACAACUCCAAUGGCGUCAAUCGAAACUGAAACAUCGGCCGCCACAGUAUCACCCUUGGCCACCGAAAGACGUCUCAGAAAAGACGAAUACACUGCCUUCAAGGCUCAGGUCAAGCUCCUCUUCUCCCAGAUCGACGUGGAUGCCAUAUUUGAAGGCGAUUUAUGGUAUCAGAUUCCCACUCCGUGGCUACAGGCCUUCCUUGAGACCGAUUUUGGUUCUCUCCACGAAGCUAAAUCGCGCCUCGGACCUAUCAACUACCUGACAUUGAUUGAUAGUUACGGAGUCCUUGUUGCUACCGCUACCUUGACACCCAUCCCCACAGAGGCGCUUGGCAUGGUCUCCACAGCCUUUGGAGUGGUGGGCGACCCCAUCGAAAGCUACGUCAUCCAGGACAAUGGCCACAAGGUGAUGGAAAACUUUCCACCCGUGUUUGAGAUCCACACGCUACAGACUUCCGUGAAGGUUGUGAAGCGCUACUCCGUCACCGCACUAGCCACCGUCGGCGACCUCCUUGCGGAGUUGAAGCAAACCAACGGCAUCCUGUCAGAGAUCCGUCUCUGGCUCUUGGAAAACUACGUCUCAACCUCCAAAAACCAUAGCUUCACCCUAGAGGAGUUUGUGAAUGUCGAGUCCAAAACCUUAUUGUCCCCCAAGGACUACCACCGCAGUCUACGGGAUAUCAACCUCUUGUAUGGCCAUUUGGUGAUAGACACCGCCACUGGCGCCAACACCUUUGCCUCAGACGCGGUUCCUUCUAGCAGCGAAUACGGGGGGGUUGUGGGCUUGAACAACCUCGGGAACUCGUGCUACAUGAACUCCGCGCUCCAGUGUUUGAUCCACUUGCCCGAAUUGUGUCUUUAUUUCAAGGGCGGCAACCACACCAAGGAGCUAAACCCUGGCAAUCCUUUGGGGAUGAAUGGUAAAGUGGCUAAUGCGUUUGGCGCCUUGAUUCAGCGGCUCUUCAGCGCUUCGUCGCAUGAUUCCUACGCCCCCAGAGAGUUUAAAAACAUCAUCGGCCACUACGGCCCGAUGUUCCACGGGUACCAGCAACAGGAUUCGCAGGAGUUUUUGGCGUUUUUGCUUGACGGGUUGCACGAGGACUUGAACCGGAUCUUGAAAAAGCCGUACGUUGAGAAGCCUGAGUUGGAGGACGCCCAGGUGACCGAUCUGGAAGCCAUCAAACAGCUUGCGGAGACCUGCUGGGAGCAGCACCGCAUGCGCAACGACUCAGUGGUUGUGGAUUUAUUUGUGGGGCUCUACAAGUCAACGUUGGUGUGUCCGGAGUGUGAUAAGGUCUCCAUCACUUUUGAUCCGUUCAACGACUUGACCCUUCCGUUGCCAGUGGAAAACCUCUGGAGCCUCACGGUUAAGGUGUUUUUGGAUGCCCAGCCACUACAGACCUUGGACGUGGAGCUAGCCAAGUCGUCCUCCUUCAAAGAUUUGAAGCGGUAUGUCGCUGAAAAGACUGCGGUCGAUGCCAGCGAGCUUUACUGCUUCGAGGUGUAUGGCCACGAUCAGUUCUACCGCGACUUCCAACGCGACGACAGCGUGGGGUACAUGCCCAUUUCCACCUUGAUCUCCACCAGCGACGAGAUCUACUUCUACCAGAUCAAGAAGGAGGUAGAUGACAUCAUUGUGCCAGUGUUCAACGUGAUUGGCCCCGAUCCGGAGAGCACCUACCGAAACACUACUGCCUUUGCGUUCCCGUACUUUGUUGCCGUCACCCCCGAUGAGACCCAUUCGUUUGGCAAGAUCCGCAUGAAGCUCGAAGCCAAAGUCAGUCAGUUGUCCACCUACACCUACUUCCACUCCGUAAGGGACAAGUUUGGUCUGAGCUACAAAGUGGCCGACUUUCCGUUACUUAUGAAUGGAGGAAAGAAGGUCAAGGCUCAAUCUGCUGUUAAAGAGGCUGACAAUGUUGAAUUGGGAGACGCUGGUAAUGCCGAAUUGGGAGACGCUGGCAACGUCGAAUUGGAGGAGACUGACAAUGUAGAAUCGGGGGAUACGGUGAUGAAGGAUGUGGCUGGCGAUUCUUAUGACGAAACUAGUGAUGCUUAUGACUCAGAUAUCUCGCUUGCGAACCCGAAUAUCUCCGGAAAUUUUGCCUUCGAUAUCAAAAUCUUUGACCACACCAACGACAGAAGAAAGUAUAACUGGAACAAGGGAAGCACAGACGCUUCUGAUGUCUGGGUGCCAAACUCCAGCAACUUUGGGAACUUGCCCAGCAUGCUUGAUCUUCUACCACCACGAAAGAAGCAGUUUUACAUGCAUGAUAACUUGGAAAAGGAGAUCAACUCGAUUGACGAGAGUCAGAGUCUUAUGGAGACGAAUCUUACAGAGGCAAACCUUACGGAAACAAUCCUUGAGGUUAAACAAGGGGAAGAGGCCACCAGCACUGAAAAUGUCUCACCUGAAUAUGUCAUGGUGUCUUCAAACACUCCCUCGGAGGAAGUCUCCUCCGACGGUGCCGACCAGAGUUUUGACUUGUUUAAUGACCCCCCUAACGCCUUGACGCAUGCCCCUGAAGCUAAACCCUCCGUAGCGCAUGCCGGUCUGCUUCGUUCCCCGUUGGUUAAAUUUAAGCAAGCGUUAGUCUGCGAAUGGUCGCAGGACUACUUCGACGUUUUCUUCACGGGGUUGGAGGAGGAAGGGGGGAUAGAGACCUUUUCAAACCCAAAGCCCAUCCCUAACGCCGAACUCGAAGCCAAACGCGCUCUUGCCAAGACUGAUCAAACCAAGAAUAUCUCUUUAAGCGAUUGCUUGGAAUUGUUUUCCAAACCGGAGGUGUUGGGGGAACAGGACUUGUGGUACUGCCCCAACUGUAAAGACCACCGCCAAGCCACCAAAACCAUUGAGCUCUGGAAGACUCCGGACAUCUUGACCAUCCACUUGAAGCGGUUCGAAGGGCAGGGCCGCACGGCUGAUAAAAUUGAUGCGGUUGUGGAUUUCCCCGUCGAAGGCUUGGAUAUGCUGAAGUACGUGGUCAACCAGGAAACGGGCGAAGCGUUGGUCUACGACUUGUGUGCCGUAGAUAACCACUUUGGUGGAUUGGGCGGUGGCCACUACACUGCCUAUGUCAAGAACUUUGUCGACGGGAAAUGGUACUACUUUGAUGACUCCCGUGUCACGGAAACUCUGGCCGAAAAGUCCAUUGCGGGUUCAGCCUACUUGUUGUUCUACCGUAAACGAACUGAAGGGCUAUUGGGCGGCGAAAGACUUGCGGAAAUGAUCAAGGCUUCGGAGGAGAUUGCCCAAACAGGCUUGGAGCACAGGGCCGUGUUGGUGAGCAACAUCAUCAACCAGAACGAGGCGUAUCGCAGUGCGUUGGAGGCCCUCGGCCAUCCGGAAGAGGCCAACCAAUCGGAUUCCUCUGAAACAGGAACCGAGGUGGAUGAGCUGCGUUACAGCUCAGAGGAGGUUUGCUCGGUGAACUGCGGGGUUGCUGGCGACCAUUUACCCGACUCUGAGAACGAGAUGCGCCGGAAACAGAGAUUACUCGGCCGCCAUAAGAAGAACAAGUACCUUGACGAUGUUGUAAAACUUGACUCGGAAAUUGAUUCUGUGGAGGGCUCUGUGUGUAAUUCUCCUUUUUCGCCGAAUUGUUCUCCUCCAAGUGACACCCUUGGGCACGCCAACAGCGAUUCCGAUCCCUUGGCAAGUGUGGAUUAACCGUCUAGGAGAAAUGAAUAACGAAUUAUAUAAUAUGUAGCGUAGAAUCAGGGGGGGGG